AUGAGUUCCAAAUUAGCGACAAGUCCUGUAAUCGGAUAUGUGCAUAAACUUUCUCCCCUAAAGCAAGGAAAAAAGAAGAAAUGGUGCGACUUGGAGUUGCAAAUGAAAGAUAAACGUAUGAGGGUUGUUUGCUUUUCAAAGGCAAAACGAGACAUCUUCCAGGAAAAGCAAGAGAUGCUUAGUCCUGUUCAGAUCAGUAACUAUCUCAUCGGACCAAGCUGGCAAGGUGACAAACAAGAAAUUAAAGUUAAUGACAUGACUGUUGUUAGCGCACCUACCACCUCGCAGUACAAUUUCCAGUAUAUUCCUGAUGAGGAAUCCAGACUCGUACCACUGAAAGAAGUAAAAGAAAAGAUCGAAGCUGACGAGAAGAUUCGCGUUAAGGGGAAGAUAAAGAAAGGAAGCAAAGUGGAGUCCGUUGGAAACAGAGGUCUUCGAAUGCUCAAAAGCACGAUUACUGAUGGCACAAGCACUAUGUUUCUGACUAUUUGGGAGAGCGAGAUUGAUGCCAUACAAGAUAGCAAAGUGUACAUUAUUGAUGAUGUUAAAGUCAACUCCAGCUACGUGACCAAGACACUCACCACAACUAAAAAUUCAGUGUUUACUCUUGUUGAUGAUGAUGACAUGGAAGAGGUAGAAGAAUCUGUAGCACUGCAGACAGUAGCGUAGCCAGCCCGAUGAUUUAGUCCCGCUAUGCAAAUAUUUUCGUGUUCAUUGACUGUGAAAACAAUCAAUUUCUAAAGAAAUGAACAAUGAUAAUAAUUUUGAAUUUGCAUAGCGGGACUAAAUUGUGCCACUGGCUGCAGAAGAUGCAGAAGAGCCAAGCGAAACCACAUUAUUUGUGCAAUCUAUCAGGUCGGUAGAAGUCAAUAAGUAUCAUACUUGUAAUCAUUGUAACAAAAAGCUUUCCUAAGGCUUGCGCACUAAAAUUGUGAAAUGCAUGCGAUGUUCGCAUAGAAUGCAGUUGGCAGAUUGUAACAUCGAUGUUUCUUGUCAGCUCACUGUUCAAAAAGAUGACAGUGAAAUUCAACUCACAAUUUUUAGCGAUGUCCUGGGAAAGUUAGUUGAUAAGCCGAAUGUGAAUGAGUUGACAGAAGAAGAUAUAAGCGAGAAGUUAUUGGAGUUGACAGACCUCGAAAUUAUGUUUAAGGAUGAUAACAUUGUAACUUCUUGCAAUGCAAUGCAAUGA